GCGCUUGGUUGAAAUCGUUGACGUUGAGAUACUACAUCUCGACUCGGCUGCAAACAAAAAGAUCGAGCCAGCGCCAACGUGGGUACGGUACGGACUAAGUUAUACGUACACUAGAGCGAAAUUUUGCUAUGCUGAGAAUUACAACGUCCAUACUCAGACGACACAGCUUACUUUCACACCUUUCUGUUUGUAAUUCUUUUUGUGAUAUGUCUCCUGGCGUUGAGUCACCUGCUAAGAAGCAGAAAAUGGAGGUAGAUAGUGCUGAGGACCCCAUGGACGCUUCUGUUUUGCGAUUCAAGAGAGUAUCUCCUGAUGCAAUCGCCCCCGUUCGAGGCUCCGAGCAUGCUGCUGGUUUUGAUUUGUAUAGUUGUGAGAGUAAGGUUGUAAAAGCCAAGGAUAAAGCUUUAAUUCCAACUGGUCUCCAAAUUGCUCUGCCUGAAGGCUGCUAUGGAAGGAUAGCUCCAAGGUCAGGAUUGGCAUCAAAGCAUUUCAUUGAUGUUGGAGCUGGUGUAAUUGACAGAGACUACAGAGGGGAUGUAUAUGUACUUCUAUUCAAUUUCUCCAAUGCUGACUUUGAAGUGAAGAAAGGAGUAAGGAUAGCACAGUUGAUUUGUGAGCGUAUUCUCAUGCCAACACUAGUUGAAACACAAACAUUAGAUGAGACAUCACGAGGAGAAGGGGGCUUUGGAUCUACAGGGACAAAAUAAGUAACUAGCAGGAAAUCUAGAAUGCAGUCUGUGACAUUAGACAGUGCUGUGCAGGUAGAAUUUUACAAGCUUUUCCCAUUUUUUUUUUUUUUUGGGGGGGGGGGGCGGCUACUGAUUUCACAUAAUGUUGAAUCAUGCUAUUGUUACUUCUUUUUACCAGCAAACUUGCAGUCCUGAAAUUAGGGUCAAGCAAACCUAUGAAAUAACGGCUUACCUAUAGUGUGUCCAAGAAAAAACAAACAAACCUGGGAUUCCCAUGUUUUUUUUCUUCAAAGGCAAAUGAAUUAUGGUAUUUCAUUUGCAUCAGCAUACAAUUCAAUUAUUCCUCUAUAUUUUGAUAGCUGAUAUGAGACAAACACUCCACACAUCAAUGAGCAACAAGAGUUUGUAAUUUUAAUGUCAAAAUCAGGUUGCGCAGAGCAGAAAAAUUGGGCUAGAUUUGUUUAACAAAGCGAUGACUGUGUUUAUUCGACCGUCGGCUUAUUAACAUUUCUUUUGUAGUUUUAGUCACUGAUCUCUAAAAUGAGAAAGAUUUUAGAUUUACGUGCUGAGUUUCUGCACAAACUGUUUUGAUAUGCCUCAAUAUUCAAUAUUCAUGGUUUGUAAUCUGCCCUGCGUGAACAAUUUGCUAAGCUUUCAGUCUCAAUUUAAUGAAGAGAUUCCACUCUUAAAGUAAGUGUCAAAUUUAUCGUAAAAACAUUCAGUAAAUGUGAAAUUUAUCUCUGAAAAUGGGUUUCGUUUUUUGUGGCAUGUACUGUAUGUAUGCUAAGUAAAUAUCUAGAAAAAAACUUCUGAAUUGAUGUUCUAAGAUCAUGAAAAUCUGAAAUAUGCAGAAAACACAGCCCAAUUUAGUUAAGAAAUUCCAUAAAUUGUAGAUAGUUUAGUUUUGUAUUGACAAAAAUUUAUCAAACUGAGGAAAAAAAUUGUUCGAUAUGUAAGCAAAGAAAAUAUCUUUGUCCAUUUUAUGGGAGAAAAAUCCUUCUAAACUCAACUCAUUUGAAUAUAAACCAUAAUUUUAUUAUAAUGAAAUAUUUUUCACUGUUUCAUAUUUUCACAAUUACUUUAUCAAACUAGAAGGUAGACGCCAAUAUAAUCUGUUUUUACUGCGUAAGUACUUCUAAGAAAGCCUACUACUGUACUCUGAGAAUGCUGGAUUUACCACCCAAACUAAACUUCAGUCAUUGUUGAUUGUACCCCAGUUAUCGCUUGCCUUUCACACUUAUCCUCUGCUUUUUAUUUUCUAUGAACUAUGUAGCAUUCAUAGGAUUGAAUUUGUAGGUGUAUGAUAGUGACUGAUCAGAUAAGAUUUUUGGUCAAGGGUUUUGUUUAUUUUUGUAAUAACUAUAUUUAUGACAUCAUGAGGCUUGGAUACAGGGACUCUUUAAAAAAAUAAAUCUUGGUUGGUGUAAUUUAUCCAUUAUUACCACAUGUCAUGAAUUAGAGAAUGUGAGGACAAAAGUCAUGUUGAGUUUUAUAUAUACAAUAUAUAUAUGUGUAUCAGGAGCGGAUCCAGCCUCCGCCAAUAGGGGGGCCCAAAAAUUUUUUCACCCAUAUUUUCCCCGAUCGGCUGCUCAAAGAUCAUUUUUUUUCUUUCUUGAUCGUGAUUUUUUUUUUGGGGGGGGGGGGGCAAAAUGCCCAUGUCCUAACAGUUUUGACAGCUUUAUUCUUAUAAACAAUAAAGAUGGGUAAUAAUUUCAUAAGCCCUAUUUGAAUAGUGUGAGCGUGAAGUGCGAGCUAAACAAUUUUGAAAUUUCAUGUAUUUUGUCCUGAAAAUUGAACAUUCUGGGCAAUGUUUGUGAACCUGAACAAGAUGCGUAUGUAACUAGAUAAUUACUGCGAGCGCGAGCAGAAAUUUUUAUAUUGCGUUCUGGGCUUGUCGAAAAGGGACCUGUUGAGGAUGUUUUGCAGUUAGCCAUUAAGACGAUACAUAUUUAUUUAUAUAGGAGCGCAAAGCGCGAGCUGAAAAUCUUUUGACGUUCCGGCCUAAAAAAUUAACGUUCUAUGCACUUUUUGUAAUCAUGAACAGUAUAAGUAUAUAACCAAACAAUUGAUGCGAGCGCGAAGCGCGAGCAGAAAAAAAUUGAGAUUUCAAACCUAAAAACGGGACACUCUUCAUGUUUUGUAAAUUAUUUAAAAAAUUUGGUAUAAUUUGGUAUCUUCCUACAUUAAUAAUGCGAGUGCAAAGCAUGAGCAGAAAACUUUUGAGAUUCUGAUCUGAAACUGGAUAUAUAGGCUCAUAAUGAUUUAAAUAGAGAACAAGCUGUGUAUCUGAAUAAACAUGCGUGCGCGUGUUUCAGAUUUUGACGUAGAAUCUGGGCAUUCUAAAUAUCUUUUUUCAUCAUGAAAAUCAAUAAAGCGAGCGCGAGCUUAAAAUAUUUGAUAUUCCGAUCUGAAAAAAGCUCUGUAUUUCAAGCAAUUUGUAGGAAAAUUGUGAGGUGGAUAUCAAUCACAGUUGAAAAAAGAUCUGAUAUGUUUCAUUAUUAUUAGUUUGAGUUUUGACGUAGGACAGGGACAUUCUAAGAAGAUUAUAUCACCAUAUGAAAAUGAUGACUAUCUUCCUAUUUCUCUUCCUAAGCGGGAGAUGAAACUUGUCGAUAUUCCAUUCUGAAAAAGGGUCAAUUUGAUUAUUAAAUUAAUAUCUUAUUUAUUAAUCUAAUAAGCCUAAUGAGAACGAGAAAUCUGUUAAUUUAUUAUGGCCUGAAAACUGGACAUUUAAAGCACGUUUGUAAUUAUGAAUAAGAUGCACGAGUUAAUAUAUUUUCAACAAUCAAUGCAAGCGCAAAUCGCGAGCCGAAAUUUUUGAUAAACUGUCAUGAAAUUGGGAUUUUAAGUAGUUUGUUAUAGAAUUAAUAUUGGGAUAUACAUAUCAAAUCACCAAUCAAAAUGCGAGCGUGCAGCUGUUACGUUUUGACAAUUUGACCUGAAUAGGGAUAUUUGAGAACUUUAUGGAAUGAUACAGGAAAAUAAUAGGUACCUGACAAAUCAAAUUUUGCGAGCGCGCAGCGCGAGCAGAAAAUGUUAACAUUCAGAAGAUAAAACAUAAAUUUUUACAGAGCACUUUUUAAAAAUCAAUUUGUAAAUCAAUUUAAAAAUCAAUUUGUAAAUAAUGAAAGUUCGAUUUCCGAGCUGAAAUAUGUUUUAUAUAUUGACUUCAAAAUUUGAUAUUUAAGCUCCUUAUUGAGCAAGAUAUAUAAAUCACCUAAAAGGCAAUGCGAGCACGUAGUCUUCCCCUCAUCUUAUUAUAUUCACUCGUCUUCCUCCUUUUAUGUUUCUCUUUCUUUUUUCUCUCUUUUCCCUUCUUUUUCUUUUUUUUAUUUCUUUCACCCUUUUUUCUUUUUUUUUGCUCCACCAAUAGGGGGGGCCCGGGCCCCCCUGGAUCCGCCUAUGUGUAUAUAUAAAUAUAUAUACAGUGCAUCCUACAAAAAACGAAACCAAGAUUUAUCGAUGAUUGAUCAUGCCUUAACCCUAAUUCUCCCGGGGGGGGGGGGGCAUAAUGGCCCCCCCCCCCUUGACAAUUUUCGUGAUAUAUCUGCUGCGCAAAUUUUUUUGACCUCGCCGCUCACUGAAUUUUUACUUUCAAGUCUCGCGCAAAUUUUGAGACCAAAUUUGUGACGCCCGGGUACACGGUUACGACAUUACGCAAUAUUAUGUAAGUGCAUGUCAGACCCAAAAUUGCUCAUAAACGUGAUUUCAUGUACAAAUCCAAUGCAAAUUGUGUAUUUAGCCAAAAUUCAUAAAUGUAUCAUUAUUUCUACUUUUACUGAUUAAACUGAAUAAAUUUUGCCUUGGUUAUGAUCAGAACUAAGUCUGGAAUGAUUUCCAUUGAAAAAACAAUAAAAAACAAAAAGUAAAAAAACAAAGAAAUACAUAAGAAAUUCAUAAAACAAUAAAAUACAUAAGAAAUUGAUUUCCGAACCGAAGUUUUUUUAAUUGCGAUUGUUAAGAUUGCUACAAAGAAUUUUUUUACCAAAAAUUAGCAUUCUAGGAGCUUUAUUUAGUGAAUUAUAGCAAAAAGUAUGAUUUAUGCAUAAAUUAGCAUAAUUAAUUCAUAUAAAAUAAAAUCUCAUUAUUUUGGAAAAUUUUACCAUACAGCCUUGUAGAUUACAUCGCACACUACCAGUGUGCAAAUUUUUGCGUCGCUCGCGCAAUCGGCGGCCGAGAUCCCCCCCCCCCGGGAUUGACAAGAAUCAAAAUACCCCGGGAGAUUGAGGGUUAAUCGAAAAUACAAUAAACAAAUGACCUAUCAUUGUAAAGCGUAGAGUCUCUUUCAUUUGAAAUAUCUUGGAUUAUUCCUCAUUCAUGCAUGAGUGAGCGAAAAAAUUUGAAGAAAGAAAAUCACAAUUUUGAAUAGUUCAACAUCUGCUCUUUAAUUUGAUACCUAAAUUACAGAAAACAUUCAAGAAAUAACAUAGCUCUGUUUAUUUGAAAUAAGGCUUGAAUUCCAAUAAUUUCAUAAAAUGAAGAGGUUUUACUAGAUAGCUUUCAGACUUACUCAACACUCCGUUUUGUUGAUGAUCAGCCAUGCAAAAGUCUUUUGUUAACCGUGCAAUAGCUUUGGUGGGACACCGGUGAAAUUACGUAUGUUUCAUGUAAUUAUGGAAAUACAAGCGUUACGAAGAAACAUAACUUUGUUAUUUAUUGACCAUUUUCUGCGAUUUAGCUAUCAAAUUAACGAGGAGAUAUUGAACUUUUUAGGCAUGUGAUUUUCUUUUUGAAAUUUUGAUACCCCCUGGCAAAUGACUUUUUCCUAUCCUUUCUUCAAAUUGUUUUUACUCACUCGGGCGUGGAUGAGAAAUCUUGUUUGUUAUACCAGCUGAAAGAGGACAUUCAAAGCUUUAUAAUGAUAGGUCAUUUGUCUAUUUGUGAUCAACUUAUUAUAAAUCAUCGCUAAACCUCGGUUUUGUUUUUUGUGGGACGCACUGUAUAUAUAUAUAUCCUAAUCAAUUCGGUAACAAAGGUAAAUAGUAAAUAACUGAAUAAAACACAUGUGAUUAAACUCAAAAUCAACAAAAGAAGGCAUAAAAUUACACAUUAACACUAUGGAGCCAAUAGAUGGUAGCAAACAAAAAGUUAUUGGAAGGGUAAAAUUUUAAUGUACAUAUAAAGUACAAUUAACCUAUUAGGUAAGAGAAAUGGGUACUUCAAGAUAUAUAAUGUAAAAAUGUUAUGAUAUUGUGUGUGUGUAUUUGAGUUUUGUCAGACGUGUUUCAAUCAGAUAUGAUUAUUU